AGGAAGCGAGCGAGGUGUUGCUGUCAUCCUAGGCGGGAGAUUUGUAGAAAUCGUCACGUAACAAUCAACGUUUACCGACUGAUAAUCCAACUGGGAGCCGUAUCGAGACGACUGAAUGUGGGACGACGCCUUUUAGAAUGGAUCCGUUAGACUUUUUUACGAAUGAGGAGUUAAUUCGUUUUUUUCACUACAAAAAGACGGAAAUGUCCUGCAUGGAGCAACCGAACACGUUCCUCAACCAGCUGCGAGACUAUGAUUUGGUCCCAGAAAAACUAUAUAAGAAGGUGAUAAGGAUGAGGUGUAAGGAGAAGAAAAAGGAUGGUGUGUAUGAGAUUUUGGACAGGCUGGAGAAGGAGAGAAGUGACGAGGUGAAGGUGUUUUGGAGAUGUGUAUUCCACGACCACAUCCUGCAGAAGUACCCAGUUCUGAGUGUUCUCAGAAACAGCCUGAUGGACGGGUCUUACAAAUCCUGUGUGAAACGCCCUGAUUCAGAGGAGUUGACUGACUCACCUCAGAGUGAAGAAAACACAGCAAAGAGGCAGAGACAAAGAAGCAAGAGAAAGAAAAGUGUUGAUGAGGCUGAGGAUGAUGAGCAGCCCGGCCCAUCCUCUUCUUCCUCCUCCAGCCAACAGAAAAGCCCCAAGAAGCUCAAAUUCUCUUCUCCAGUUAAGAGAGGAGAGAAGGUGAAUAUUUGGACAUUUGCUCUUUUUAAAACUCAGCUACCUGUUACCUGUGGAGAUAAAGAAGCCACUCUCUAUCGAGACAAGCUGGCUAAAGGGGGCGCAUGCCUUCUUUCACAGGGCCGCUGGUUCACUCCGUCUGACUUUGAGCAGUUUGCAGGAAAGGGCAGCUAUAAGAACUGGAAACUCAGCAUCCGUUGCCAGAACACUCCACUGCAGAACCUGAUUAAGGAAGGCCACCUGAACUGCCCUCGCAUGAAGAGGAAGUAUGUUCAGAAGAGUCAAAAACAGCUCUUCACUCAGAGCUCCUCAGAAAGCUCCAGUCCUACAUCCAGUGAAGAAAUGGAGGAAUCUGUUGGCCAGGAGGAGCUGAGAGGGGAGCAAGACGAGGAGGAGGAACAAGAAGAAGAAGAAGAUGAUGAUGAAGAAGAAGAAGAAGGAGGAGAGACAGAGGAGGGAGAGGCAGUGGAUUUGUCUGAGUUUCAGGCUCCUUCUUUGCCAGUCAGCUGUGGGUCUGUCAGUGGGGUUUUAUUCAAAAGCAGAUUUGCUUCAGGUACGCGGGGUAAAAGCAUCCGUACUGAGGAAUGUUGGUUCACUCCAGAGGAGUUUAUGAAGCAGGAAUUAACUCUGACAGAUGGGUGCUGGAAAAGAGAUAUAAAAUGUCACGGCAAAACACUAAGUGACCUACUUCCGAAGAUUCUGAAGGUGCAUUCACUGCUGUGCAAGUGUGACCUCUGCGGUCCUACAGAGCAGGAGCUGCUGGAUCAAGAUAAUGAUGAUGAGUGCUUCAUCUGUAACUCUGAUGGACAUUUGGUGUGUUGUGACGAGUGCCCCCGAGCUUUUCAUGAUAAAUGCCACAUACCAACUCUACAUGCCAAGGAACUGGGCAACAAGUGGAUGUGCACUUACUGUGUGCUGAAGAACAGUCAGUGUUGGUGGCGACACAGAACCAUGACUGAAGAACAAGCUUUGAAUAGUCCCGUUUCUCAGUACAUUGUGCACUGUGACUAUUUGCUGUUGUGUAUGUAUAAGGAGGACACACAGCGUGUGUUUAGUAAAGACCCCAGCACAAUGGUGCGUAGGUACAGGGAAUUCAUCGCUGAGCCCAUGUGGUUGGACAGAGUGAAGGACAAACUUCACAGUCAAAAAUAUGAAACACUGCGACACUUUGUGUCUGACAUCAGUCUCAUCUUCCAGAACUGUAACACCUUUAACAGGGAUAAUCAUUUGAUAAUAACGAUGGGAUCCACACUAAACCAGAUGUUUGAGCAGGAGUUCAAAACCAUCUUUAAUAUCCAGUAGUGUUUUUCCUCAGUCAGAAGCCUUCAUUUCAUAACAUAAAUAAUGGCAUUUUCCUCUAGGUUUUGUUAUAUGAAACUAUUCUUCCUAAAUUAAUCCUGUUUGGUGUGGUCAUAUUAUCAAAUGCUGCACAGUUUAUGUUCAUUAUCAUAUUUUAUAUGUAUGUGUUGUUGUUUCUUGUAAUUCUUGUAAAUCCAAAGCUUACUUACCCGUUGGGAAAAAAUAAAGUUGAUUCAGUUCAAUUUAACUUGAAAAAGGGACCUUGUCACUAAAGCUUAACAUUUACAUGUUACCAAAGGACUUUGGUUACAAGAAUAUUUUACUCAGAGAUUUGAUAGGCCCUGAUAGGAAUAUUUUGUCUAAAGUUUAUUUAUUUAUUUAUUUAGAAAUCUAAAAGUUGUUUAGUGUCAUGUAUAAGUUUUCUAACCCUUGUGAAAGGUUUGCCUUUAUGUAAAUAUGUUAUACAAACAAUGGUUUAUUGUAAACUUGCUGCAUACAAAUGGAGUUGAUGGGCUAAGAUA